AUGUUCAAGCGGCACUGGCACCGGCGAGACAAUGGGGAUGAUGCCAUGUGGUCCUUCGAGAAGUUCUGCAAUUUUGUCUCGGCAACGGCAUGGCGGUGGAAGCAGGGCCAUGCCAUCCCCGACCAGAAGUCGUGGGACUUGAUCCUGGAUGUUCUCGCGGGCAGCAUGACCUGGACGAGCCCGUAUUUCACGUGGAACGCCACCAUUAUGUUCUACUACUAUUACUCUCGCCGCAAGCCUGUCGGACCCCAAGCCCGGAGGGAAGAAUGGACAGGAUACACGGGCGUCCUUCAAGGGAUAAUCGCCGAGAUCCCCACGAGGCGGAGGGAGUGGCUGCAACGUACGCUAUCGCUCGACAUCCACCAUUUCUUCCCAACCUUCAUCAAAGACGAAAACCACUGCAGGCGGAUGGUUGCUAUCGCCCGGCGUCUGGCCAUCCAGAACGGUUGCAAUAUCGCGCUGCCCUCCCGGAAAGCGACCCCCGAGACGCCGCCCCCGGAGACAUGGAAUUCGCGGGCAUGGGUUGCUGCAUUAUUUGGAUUUGCGCCAACACGAUCGAGCCUUGAAGAUGAAGAGAGUCGGGCCGACGGCGGAUUUCGCAAUGAAUCGUCGGUAAUAUAG